AUGGCUUCUGAGUAUGCAGGUGCUAGUGAGCGAUAUAACGGGGAGAAUAGCGGACUAACAGACGGUGACAACGAUGACGCGAUGGCUCGCACAGUCGACAAUAUUGAAGAUGAACUUGGGGAUGGGGACGAGGACCCAAAUCCUGGGAUAAAGUAA